AUGCGCCUGCAAUCCGGUCCGACACAAAAUGAUAAAAAUGAAAUUCAACAGUUUUCGGAAUGGUUGUUAAGAAUUGGCGAAGAAAAGGUAUCUGAGCCCAAUGACGGUGUGGCAGAUUUUGAAAUUCCACCUGACUUGUUGAUAACACAAUUUGAAGACCCAAUCGUCGCCAUUGUUGAUGCUACAUAUCCUGAAUUUAUUCACAAUUAUCAUUCGAUCCAAUACCUUAAGGGUCGAGCAAUUCUGGCUUCAACAUUAGAAAUUGUGGACGAAAUAAACAAUCAUAUCCUUGACUUAAUCCUAGGAGACAUGCGGGAUUACUACAGCUCCAAUUCUAUUGAUAAGUCCGAAAUCAAUGACGACACGGUGGUAAAUAUCCUAACUCCAGAAUUUCUCAGUUCGCUUCGUACAACUGGUUUGCCUACCCAUCAUUUAAAGUUAAAGGUUGGAACACCAAUUAUGCUCAUGAGGAAUAUUGAUCAGUUAGAAGGACUAUGUAAUGGAACAAGGUUGAUAGUAACAAAAUUGGGGACACAUGUUAUUGAAGCUUCAAUAAUAGCUGGAAAGAACUGUGGCAAUCAGGUUUACAUCCCACGAAUGGAUAUGUCACCUUCACAAUCACCAUGGCCAUUCAAGCUCAACAGAAGACAGUUCCCCAUUAUAGUGUCAUAUGCCAUGACAAUUAACAAAUCCCAAGGACAGUCUUUGGAUACUGUUGGUCUAUACCUACCAAGGGAUGUUUUUACACAUGGACAAAUAUAUGUUGCACUAUCAAGAGUGACAACAAAACAAGGAAUCAAAAUAUUAAUACAUGAUCAACAUGCAAAAGUUAAAACAACAACUACAAAUGUAGUUUACAAGGAGAUCUUCAACAAUAUAUAA